AAUCAGUCAGUCGAAUAUGCGUGCGUAGUACCUACCCGUUUCCGUACCACGCCGCUUCACUACUACUAAACAUCCCACAGACAGACACGGUGGAGUUAGUGCUGAUGUGUGUACUUCUGCGGAUUGGUUUGGACCACCAUCCUUCAUUCGCCACCACCCCCCACACCCAACCCGAAUGUUGAACAUAUUACAUACUCAUUCAUCUCUCGAGCGAGCCCCAUCAGCUCACCUUAGUAUGUAGAGCACAGUGUGUGACUUGCAGCGCAGUGCUUGACGUUUAGUCGCCAUCUUCGAUUUUCUUUUGGUUGUUUUAAAGUGGCCAACUUUAAUUUUCAUUCUUUGGACCUAGGAAAUCUGCCUGACUCGACGAGAAGUUUCUGUGGAACGAGCAAUCGAGUGCAUUCCACGGUUUGUACCGGUAUGAAGAAGCAAACGAUUGUGGUGGGUACCGUUGCUUGAGGCUCUUAUUCAGCAUUAAAGAGCUUGCCGAGCGCGGUUGGGAAAAGCACACGAAGCAGAAACCAGCUGCUGAAGCCCAGUUUUGCCCCUGCUUUGGGGUUUGCAAGGUGGUAGACGACCUGCUUGCGUGCGGUGGCGGCAAGUGGUUGGUGGGUGCUGCGGGCGGAAUCGGAAUCGGCGGAAGCCUCCUCAAAGAAGAGACUCUCGUCGUCGUCGUCGUCGUCGUCACUGUAGUUGUGGUUGUGAGUCGAGUGUGUAAAUAAAGUUGAAUCAAACGAUAGCGAAGCGAUACCGAGAACAAGCAGAGCGUGAGCGGAGCGAAGCGAUCGUCGUGGGCCAGUGUGAGUUUGGAGCUCCGUGUUCUGCCGGAGAGGAGACGACGAAACCUGUGCACAGAGCCAACAAGAGGCGAAGGAAGCAGCAGAAGAAGCACGACCGGCGACAGAUCGAAUCGAGCGAAAGCAGAGACGACGGCUAGGGAUUAUCCAUUACAAAAUAUUUAUAAUUAUCAUCACAUAACAGGCAGCAGGGGCACGAACAAUAACAACAACGAACGACUACCUACUCUCCUGGCACGAACACAGUGACGCAAGGAGCACGAACGAAGCGCGAAACAAAGAGAUUGCACGCACACUGUGACGAGUGCGCGUGGUGAGAGCGAGAGCGAAGUGCAUUCGUGAGUAUUCGGCUGCUUCGGGCAGAAGGCCGAAGUGCGAGCACUGGGGGUUCGUGGAGCCGAACGACUCUCGCUCGCUGUCAGUCGUCCAGCAGUAGUCGAGCGGUUCGCACGUAUCGUAUGGUGUCACGGCUCGUCGCUCGUCCGUACAUACAUAUAUGUGUGUAUUCAUUCGGUCGCCCUUGGAAAUAGUGAUUGAGAAAAAAGGUUUUUAAUUUUUUUUUUCGUUCGUUCGCUUGCUUUUGUACAUUGUGUGUAUGUUUCGAAGUGAAGUGAAGGAUACAAGAAGACGAAGCAAAAGAAGCAGCAAAAUAUGAAAGAAGUGCUUUUGUGUGGUGAACGAGCGUGUCCGUGUGUCUGUGAUGCACCACCAGGGAAGAGGUGAAAAGUUUUUACUGAAAAAUUUCUGUCCGUGCAAGCAGAAGUGAGGCAGCCCCAGUGCGGUUUUCUCGUAAACUGCGGCGAUACAGUUAGAGAGUAGUGGGGGAUACGGCCUAUCGGAAGUGGGAUUUCCAAACUCCGUGGAAAUCGGCAAGUAUUGUGAUCGUUGCGAAACGCGAACAAACCGUGAUUUUGAUUGCCCCCAUAAAGUGGUGGAAAGCAAUCGAUUACGAAAUCAACAAACGCGAAGCCCUGAAAUUUCGCACGCGUGUAUAUCGUGCGUUAAACAGUCAACUUUCCCCCGUUAGAUAUCCGAUUACGGACGACGAUACCUCCUCUGUGGAGUUGGGUGUCGAGUUUUUCACCAACCGCCCUCCGUCGUCGGUUGUUGGCUGGAAGAAACAAAGGAAAGCUACCUACCCCCGAAGGAAUAGAAAACGGAACAAACCAGUCAGAAGUAGAAGCAGUGUUGCAAGAAAAGUUCCACGCGUACAUGUGGGCAAGAAGUGAGGCAAGUGUGUGUUCCCGUUGAAAAGCUAGUGUUGGUGCCCAAGUGUUCGCGAGCUCGCUUCGGUGUUGGUUAUUGGCACCUGAUUUGAUGACCAUUGUUUCUUCGCGUACUGCUAAACGAUCCCGUGUGUUCCGUGAGUGUGUGGGCGCAGCAAAGCUGCGGAAGAAUCGAAAGAAACCAUCAAGAUAAACGGAAAAAUGAGAUGAAUAAUUGUGCAAUUACUGCCGGUUGGCUAUUAAUCUUUGGCUAAACUACGAAUUGGUCCGUCCGGAACCUCUCUCAGUGUGUGUGUGUGUGUCUGUGGGUUCGUGUUUAUUUUUUGUGAAAGAAACCUCAGUGUGCCGUGAAUUGUCCUGAGAUUUAUUGUUAUUUUCGUGAAUCGACGGCAGCGACUAGUUGUGUCUGCAAAAUAGUGGGUUGGUGCUUUCGUGAAGACCCCGAGAAAGAUGUCGUUAUCACCGUUCCGUUGGAUUACAAAAGCAGUAGCCGCAGCACUAGCGCUAGCACUACGCCCUGUGUGCAAUAUGGAUUAAGUAGGUGCUAUUUUUAGUGUCGCCGUCGCCUGCUUCGUCGCCACUGCUGACGUGAAUGUGUGUGACCCCAUUCUCGGGCGCUACUGUAGUCUGCAACAUUUUACGUAUUUUGUUUUUUUUGGAUUACCCGUCUCCGUCGUCAUCGAUUCGUUGAUAGCUGCCCGCUAAUUGUUGUUGCAUUGUGAAGUGCAUCGAAAGCAAACCAGGAAUAGGCGUAGUUUGUCGGUUGCAUCUCUGCAAUCUUUGUCCCACGGUGAAAUGUGGCCCGAAGUGGAGUGAGAAGCUGAACACAAGAGGAUAACAAGCAAUCACAAAUAAACAAAGCAGAAAAGCUGACAAAUGUGGCACAAAGAAGAAGAAGAAGCAGAAGAGACAGUAGUUCAUUUCACCGGAAGCAGCACUAGCUAGGGCACCGUCAGCAGCCGAUCAAAUUUAGAACAUGGAGCCAACACAGGACGCAGCCUCGCCGCCAGAUCAGUCGCAACCAGCGACGGAUCCGUUAGCGAUUGAGCAGCCCGAUCAACAGGAGCCAGGUUCCGUUGCUCCGGAACCAGUUUCUACUACGGAGUCAGAGUCCAUCGAAGAGGCUGCAUCUGCUCAACCCCCGGGAGGGCCACCACCGGACCCUUCCGCUCAACAAGAACCUGCUCCGCAGGAAACGCAACAUCAACCACUGCUCACCAAGAGCCCUCCGGUUGAAUCAUCUUCAUCGGAAGUGGUUACGGUCAACUCUUUGGAAAAUGUGAUCAAAUCUCCAACUCAGGAGCCGAUGGUUGAUCCGCUGGCUCCUAGCGAACCCCUACCGGCCGUGCAAGAGGAAUGUCAAUCGAUGGAACCUGUCAAGGUCCGUACACCCCCAGCGGAGGAACCUCCGCUUCCCAAGGAAGACAAACCAGAUCCCUCAACUCAGGAAAGCACCGGUGGCGUAAGCAGCAGCAAUAUGUCCGAACCGGUUCAACAGAGCCAGGUGUCCGAAGAGGACACCCCGACCAAUUCUCAACCAACUUCAUCAGAUAAACCAACGACCUCGACUGUGGUGGAAACUCCAACGAUUGCUCCGAACAAUUUGAAACCAUCCAACGAGGUCCCUACCAGCAGUAGUAGUAAUACCAACAGCUUUACCGGCGGCAGCGGCAGUAGUAGUGCAACCAACCUUGGCAUGCGGAAUGCCGUAUCUAGUGAUAAUAGUCUAAAGAUAAACGGUAUUAGUGAUCUUAGCAUACUCGAUGUUACCCAAGGUAACGACGACGAGAUUGAAGUGAAAGUCGAAGGUGGCAGCCUUAUGCACAAGGUGAUAAAAUUUUCGCUCCUCAAUGGAAUGCAAGACAGUAGCAAACGGCUAGAAAACAGUAGGUUGAUUAUGAGUGGUGUUGGCAGCAAUCCCACCAUUGAGAAGACCCUGGCGACGACUUCGUCGCUCGGUAGAACCGCUCUCGGAGGAGGUCCUCUGAGGCAGAAUGAUAAAGCAAAGGAAGAAGGAUUUAAAGGGGGUGGUGGUGAUACGUUUGACAGUUCAAAGACUACACCACCGGCGUGUUCAAGUGCACGUCCCGCCUCGGCGGAACCUAAUUCGUCCCUCAGCAGCUCCAACAGUAACAGUAGUGACAGUGGCAGCAAUGCGAACAAUAGUGACAGUUCUGAAUCGAAACCGAACCGGACAGAAGAGCCUAGCGAUCGGCUGAGGCAUUCCGUCGACAGCAACGUUAGCAGUGGUACUUGUGCGGAGAAUGUCCGUGAAGAAAGUGUUAGUGAUACUUAUAGCAAAAGUGUUUCGCUGGACUUUCGAGAGUGGCCCCAGACAAGCUCCGGUUCGACAGUUCCUGCAUCCUCCAGUCCUACUACGACAACCACCACGACUACAGUGGCAGCAGUCAGCACUGCAGCUUCAUUAGAGCAAUCUACCAUUAACCAGGAGACUGAUCAAUCCAUGAACGCAGUUGGCGCUGCGCCGGUAGCAAAACGCUCCAAAGCGAUGUAUUACGCCGAGAUGCCAGACUUCAGCAAGCCCAUGUUCUCGACGCCGAGUUCGACUGCGACGACUCCUUCAUCUACCACUUCGGGAAGCGAUCGUAACUGCUCCGCUCCACCGAAAAGCCUCAGUCAACUACAGAUGAAGACUCCCGACUUUAGUCGCAUCAUUGGCUCUCCGUCAAGUUCGAACGUCAUCCCACCGUCUUCGACUCCGGCAGGGCAAACACCGGUAUCAACAACCACUUUGCGAUCCCACGAACUACAGAUAGCUAAUCCAGAUUUCUCGAAGAGUUUCGCAUCCAAAACUCAGCAAUCGAUGCCGUUCACAACUUCAGCGUCUUCGUCCAGACCGGAUGACCGGUCGGCGUACAUGAAUCCGGCUUCGUUUGCCGAGAUCAGUAAACAGCGAAACUACAUCAGUGACCUGCAGCUCAAAAACCCCGCCUUUCCCGAAAGUGCAACUACCCAUCCUAGUGUUGUGAAAGCCCCACCAUCCAGCCUUCCACCAGGUCCAAUGAGCCUGAACAACUACAGAAUCGACCAGAAGCCAUCGGUCCUGUCGAAACCGUACCCGCCGAGCCUGUACCGGCAGGAACCUCCCCCUGCCCAAGUACAGCUGGAAGAACCCAAAGCUCACGUCAUUCACAAAGCUUCCAGCAAUCCAGAAGCUUCAAAACCCUGGAAUCCAGUUACGGAGUACAGUUCCAAGUCGUACAGUCAACAAAACGAACGGGAUCGUUACCCUCAUCAGUACCCCACUGGUCCCAAAGGUCCUCCACCGCUAACCAGUGAACCUCCUCCUCCUCAAGCUUAUCCCGGAUAUCCACCGUAUCCGGCUAGGAAAAGCAACGAGCCAACUCCUUCCUCCAUUGCUGCAGCGCACCCUGGAGGAACCAUCAAGCCGUACUAUCCUGAACAGCAACAAACACCCCUCUCCAAAUCGAAGGAGCUGGAAUUCCGAUUGGAGCAAAAGGAGAAGCAACUCCGCCAGGAGGGCACCAUCAUUACCCUCAAACCCAACGAAAAUCGCCCCCCGGGCAACAAUCCCCCGCCAGCGCAAAGUCCACACUAUCCCCCUCAACCGUACCAUGUUGCGCAAGCUCGAUCGCCUUCCACGGAACGACGUAACGAGACUCAGGAAAUCCUCUACCGUGACUUCAAGCUCAAACAGUCAUACGAGAUGCCACAGCAGUCUUCUAUAAGGGUGCCACCACCCUCAAGACUCCAGGAUGAACCUCGAUCUCGUUCCACCCAGGAAUCCGUCGUUCCCCGAGAUCGAUCACCAUACGAUCCGUACUAUCGGGGAACUCAACCCCCCGCCCCAAACCCAUCUUCGUCCAAGUACUAUCCUCCACCCGAACAUCACAAACAAUCCGUAAGUCCUGCUUUGUCGGCUACUCCAUCACCGACGCCGCUCCAUGCCCAAAACCGGAGCCCCGUACCGAUCCCGAGUAAUAAUAAACCCUCCCAACCCGGUCCCAGCGGUAUGAUGCACCCACCGUCGAACUGGCCAAACCAAAGCCGAGCGAUCCCUAGCCCACACGGAAGCUCAACCUCUUCGCCCUUAUCUGUACCAGCUUCAGUGAGUCCCAAUCACUUCGCACAUCAGAUGAACUCGCCCAGUCCGGUGCAUUCUUACGUACCUCUACCGGGAUCGACUCACGGCUCCUACAAAUCGCCUAGUCCCUCACCGUCUUCCUCAUCGUCUUCGUAUGGUGGCCCUGCACCUCAUGGUAUGCCCGCUAACAAGUACACUCAGUACUAUCCAGCCGGAAAUGGAGAACGCGUGGUAAGCAUCGAAAUCAACAAAGAGACCUUUAAACCUGGGCUCAAGGAGUUGGACUUCAACAUGGAGCAAAAGUUUGCCGAAGUUUACCAGGCGCAUCAACUCAAGGAGAAGCAAAUAGCUGCGGCUGCAAGCAAGAUUGUGGAUCCCCAUAGGUCACAAGCCUACCCUGGUGGUGCUGCCGGCGAGUACUCCUAUCAGGCUAAACCACCAUCGGACAGAAGACCUCAAGAGCCGUAUCGGGAUGAAUACGGCAAUAUGUCUCGAACCGUAUCACCGUCCGCACAGCAUCUCCAACCAAACCGUUACCCAUCGCAGGAGAAUCUCAACCACUACGGACAGUAUUAUCAGCAACGUGCAGGUCCCGACAUGGAUGCACGUAAAUCUGAACCUCAGCUGUACAAACCCUCAAGUCGAGAUGCUUCGCCCGCUCAGCGAUACGGCUCUAGCGAACAGCUGUACCACCACUCAAAACAACCGGUCUACCCACCACCGCAGUCUUCAUCAUCCAAAGCACCUCCUCAACAUGCAAUGUAUCCCCCGGCGGGUAGUGAGCCCCCCGGUCCAUCAGCUCAAUACGGACCGGCUGGCAAGAGUCCUUAUCCAAAUUCUCCGUACGAGCGACCGCCGGAAAAGCCAUCUGUGAUAAGUAAUACCUACAGUCAAGAUCGAGGCAGCGCUCGCCCAGCAUAUCCCGAAUCAAGACAACAUCCUCCCAUUGAUGCUUACCCGGCCGCAGGUCAUCCAUACCAGCCGGCAGUACCGCCAGCAAAAUCGGCAUCCUCGCACCCCUACCCACAUCACGCCAAUCAACAACCGGUGCCUUCAACCAGCAGAGAUCCUGCUGCUUGGCACUAUCAGCAACAGCCUACACCACCUCAGCCAGGACCCUCGGGGUACAACCACGACCGACAUCCGACAGUUGUGAGGGAUGAACGUCAAAACCCCGUCAUUCAACCGCCAGUUAACAAGAACAUCCCUGUAAAGGUGAUCGCAACGACUAACCCUACGCCAGCAGCACCAUCUUCCACAACGAUAGCACCAGCCACGAGCACUACCAAGCGAGAAUCUCCAUUGGAUCUGUCGGUGAAAACUAUCAAAACCAAAGCCGAUUCCACAGGUUGCGAUGACUACGGUCAUAGCAGUAGAAGUCGAGAUGCCGUGCCCAAAGUAAAUUUCAAUCCAAACUUCAAAAAGCAUAUUCCUAGUACGCCCGAACGGCAACCCCAGGACAGUCGGGUACCUCAUCCUGUUCAACCAUCGCAACCUUACCAUCCUCAUAUGGCGAGGGAGCCUCAACCGAUUCCUCAGCAUCAUCCACAAAUGCCACAACCGGGAUCUUCGUCCAAACCAUCACCGGCUAUGGCACCUCAUCCCGAUCAUCGGCAAAUGCCAGUGAUGGGUUCGGUCAUUCCUCCUGGUUACGAUAAGAAGACGGAUGCUUACAUGUCUACCAACUAUCGGGCCGUAGGUGGUCCCGCAGAGGUUCGAGAUGCGCGAUACGUUCAAGAUAACCGCUAUCCACCUCAACAAAUGCUGCGACCCAUUCAUCCAGAUCUUCGCGAUCAACCAGCUCCGUACAGAGCACCACCUGGUUCCUAUCCCCAACGGGUACCUCAUGGGGCACCCGUACCUCCAUAUCAGUAUCAAAACAUGCCUUCCAAAUCGGAACCCUACUAUCCUAGUAACACAAAGGCUGGAGCUUCCGCAUCAAGCAGAAGCGUGUACUACCCGCCACAUGAAAUAGCUCGGAGCAGUAAGCAUCCUUCGGGCCUUCAGAAGAUCUCCAUGGACGAUCCUCGUAUUGAAGACCGCAAAUUUGUCGAAAGCAUGCUCAAAAAGCAGGCAUCCCCAUCGGCGGAGGUCAUCGCUGACCUGCAGGCAGGGAAGUUCUCCACCAGAAUACCUUCCACACUGGCACCAGCCAAGAAACGCCCCGCAGAAGCUAUCCCGAAGACGUCUCCACCGAAGGUACCUCGCGUCGAAGAACAAAAUCUCCAUCGACCAUACGAAAAUAUUUACCGCUACCCACCGCAACCAGGACCUGCAGCGCCACGGGACUAUUACCCCGUCCCUAUCAAACACGAACCAGCUAGUCCUCAACCUGCUGGAGUUUACUACGCUGACAAGCGAUCCGAGGUUCCCUCGAUAACUCGAGGUGUCUUGAACACGGCUCAAAGCCAACCUCCGUCAUCUGCGGCGAGCCACUCGGUUCUUCAAUCGAAUAUUCAACACAAUACUCGUCCAAUGGAUUCUCAUACAUCGGUAAUCACCAGUUAUCAUCCUCCGGGCAGCAAACCUGAAGUCCUCAGACCUCAGGAUGAAUCUCCACAUCAGAAGGACUAUCGUCAUCAUCAACAACAACAGCAACAACAACAACAACAACAACAACAACAACAACAGCAGCAGCAACAACAACAACAACAGCAACAACAACAGCAUCAACAACAACAGCAACCACAACAACAGCCGUAUGGUCAACCGGAUGACCGGGUUUUUUAUUCCACACCGGAGCCCUUUCGUCACGGCCACGGUGAUUCAAAGUACUUUGGAUCAUCGUUAGAAAAAACCCCUUCUCACUCGAUGAACCAUCCUGAAACAACCAUCAACCACCAUCAACAACAACCGACCGUUGUGAUGCAACCGCACAUCCAGUACAGUGGUCAUCAACCACCACAGCAAACAACUCCGCACUGCAAACGUCCCGAGGUUGUGCAAAGUCCUCCCCGGUCAGAUUUCUACAGCUCCCCAAACCAUGUCGCCCGAGCUCCCAGCAUUGUGGAAAAUUACCAGAGUAGAUCAUUCGAGAAUGUACCUCGUUUGAUCAGUGAUGCUUCGAAGCCAAGUCCAGAAGACCCAACACCUCCACAUUUGCACUCCAGCCAAGAAUUGCUCAAUCAAGCAUUGCCUGCUCCAUCACCACAGCAUCGCGGUGUGGAUCAAUCCGUCAUCUCCAAGCUCCGUACUAGCCUUGAGCAAAAGGAACGCUUUAACCAACUUCGUAAGCAGACUAGUUCGGAGAUGUCCGAAGAGGACUCCAAACCACCGGAGGUGAAUUCGUUUCCUCCCUCGCAUUUUCGUUCAAAAGGAGCUAUGAAGGCGUUCACUCCGAUCCCAAAUUUUGACAUGCCAAACUGCACACCCCAAUCGGCGCAACAACCCCCGCCACCGAAGGCCGAAUCUUCACGACCACCCAGCCCGAUCAAAUCGGAACCGGUGGAGGUCCCGAAAGAACCUAUCGAACCUCCAGCGGAUAUUGAAGGAGCCUCCGCGCUGGACAUUCUCGAUUGGGGCAGUGCAUGUAACGAAUUCGUUGAACAGCUGCAAACCGGCAAGAAGCGAGGUCGACGAAAACGGGGAUCGGCUAUCAAGCACGAUCCGGAUCAGCUGACGUCAAUGCCAGAUGAAGGCUUCAGGAUCGAUCUCCCCGGAACGACUAACAGUGCACUUUCGGAAAUUCCUCAAGAGGUGCUCAAGUCCGCGACGCUGGAGAUUAGAGAUCCUGCAAGCUCGAGUGAUGAGGACAAGCCUCUGCAUCUACUGAAGCAGCUGUACAGUUCAACGGGGGAGCUAAAGGAAGAGCAGAUGCAUGCGAUACGGAAUUCUACGAUGGAGAAGUUGUCGGAAAAGAUUGCGAGGAAUAUGCGGGAGAAGCAGCGGUUGGAACAGGAACAGAAACACGAGGCAAAGCUAGGAAGAUGCAGCAGUUCGGAAGAUGAGUCCGAUACGAAACGGCUCCGUCAGCGAACGAAGUUGCGAGCGAGGAAGCUAAGGAAUAGGUUGAGUGUACCACUCAAAUCAUCCGAUGUGAAUACCGACGAAGAAGAUGAAGAGGAAGAACAUCAGGCGAGAGAUUUGAGGAAGCGAAAGCACGUGGAUCAUACCUCGACGGAAUCGGAAGCGGGGAGUAAUGUGAAAAAAGUGAACCGUUGUCAGACACAGGUGAAGCAAGAGAAUGGGUCUGACUUGAGUACGGACGAAGAAGAUCCCAAGUCGAGGUCACCCGGGAAGAAGGAUGCCACCAGACCGGAAGUGAAAAGAGAGAAUGCAAAGCAAGCAGCUCAUUCGGAUAGCGAGUCAAACGAUGUAAAGACGAAGGAUUCAGUGGGUGGUAAGAAAAACUGUGAAGCGGAUGAUGCAUCCAGUGGGAAUGAGUCUGAGAGGAAUGAGAAGGGCGCAAAGAAAAGUGGUUCAAGAAAGUCUGUGAAACCAAGGACUACGUCCAGGUCGAGAGUGGUGGAAGAGUCUUCGGAAAGUGAAGAAGAGACGAUGACCCGCUCCAGGAGCAAGCUGGAGAUGGAGAAGCGACGGUCCAACAGCAAAGUACUGCGAAACGAUAAGAUCGUGGGAAAUUUUGUGAGGGAAAGGAAGAAGUCGGAGAACGUCACACCUCAGAAAGGGAGGAAAGGAGCGGUAAAUGUGAAGUUGGAGGCAAGUAAGAAGAGAAUUCUGGACAGCGAUUCGGACUGCAAAACGGUUAGUGGUAGGAAGCGUGCGAGGAAGACUUCGAAACUGCAGACAACUUCCCCAUCGGAGAGUUCUGAGGAAAGUGACGUGGAAACUGUGUCGGAGCGCUUGCGUUCCAGGAAACCGAAGUAUUCGGAAACAUCAGCGCCUUCGUCUGCUUCGAAACGAGGCAACAGCCAAGACAACCGAACGCCGUCGAAAGGAGUGGACAAGAAGAACAUCAAACCGGAGCAACCGAAAAAGCGAGGACGUCAACCGAAGAAGACUUCACAGGAUUGUGCGUCCGAGAAUACCAGUGAGAACUUUUACCCUGGAUGGGAGAAAGAAUUAUACGAGUUCAAACGAUCGCUGAAGGUCCCUCCGGAGUUAAUCACGAUCGGAGGUCGUCGCUAUGUGCAUCGUAUAUCGACGUCCCUGCCGGAUCUGGAAUCACAUCACAGCGACGAGUCGGAAACUUUCUCGGAGAUUGUAAAAAAGAUCACCCAGAACGAAACUUCCACGGGUAAGAAGAUCAAAACCAAGGCCGCUUCCAAGCAAUGUCAUAAGAAUAACCACAUGACCAAGGAGCAACAGGCAGAGGAAAAGAAGAUUGAUGGGAAUAAAAAGUUCACGUCGAUCAUCGAGAUUCUGCAUGAGCGAAUGCUGCGACAUGUUAAACUAGCGAAGGCUCGGAAGGCAAAAGGUAAGGAUGAUAAAGAGGCUUUGAAACCUAAGCAGGAAUUUGAGCUGCUUCCAACGCCCGGGGCCGAGAGUGAAGCCCUGUUCAACCGGAAGAAGAAGUCUCUUUUUGAUACGGCAAUCUUCAAAUCCCGAACCCGUACAGAGCAGAAGGUGAUGCAGAGCAAAGAGAUAAUUCGGGAGGUUUUUGGAGGUGACGAUGAACGACCUCAGUCGGCUCCACCGUUAGCUUGCGUCCAGGAAGUGAAGAACGUGACGUACGACGAGAUGUACAAUGAAAUGCUGACGAAGAGCCACGACGUAGCUACAUUUCUUGCUCAGAAGAAAGCACAAGAAGCCGUUGCAUCGAGCUCAGGUCUAUCCGGAUCGGCAGUGAAGAUUAAGAUCGAAGAUCUGGACGACGAAACUCAAGACAGUGUGCUGAAGGAUUCCGAGCGGAUAACCGAGGAGGGCGAUACGCCUUCGGUUGUGUCCGAACGGGACCUUGCGACACCGGUGUCGUUCAAAGGAAGCGUAAAGAAGAAGACUCACAAGAGCCGCCGGAAAGGGAGUUCUGGCUUCGACUACAUCCGCAAGAAGAAGAAACCCGUGGUGAAUAAUGGAGAACACAGUACUCCGGCGGUACCUAAAAAGAAGGUGGUGUCGGUUUUUGACAAUCUGGAAACGAAGGACGAAUCGCACAUCAACAAGGAGAUCCGGAGUUGGGUGCUGAACAAGGGUGUAGGGGAGAGUGUUAUGCAUAAGGCAGCCAGGCUUGGAUACACGGACGUGAUUGUCUAUUGCCUGGAACGUUUGGAGAUGGAUCCGGACAUGAAGGACAAUGCAGGUUACACUCCGCUGCAUGAGGCUUGUGCCAAAGGUCACCUGGACAUUUGCCACUAUUUGCUGCAAUACGGGGCAAGCCAUUCGGAGACGGCUCUGUCCGGGAUCCGACCGCUUCACGAAGCCGUGGAGAACUCCUUCAUCGAGGUUGUCCGGCUGUUGUUGGCAUUCGGUGCCGAUCCAAUGUUGGCAACCUACGCCGGUCAGACACCGAUUCAGCUGGCAGAGAACAACGAGAUGGCACUGUUUCUGGAGAAUCACCUGUACGACAUCCAGAGCACCAGUCCGGUUAAGACCGGUUGGAAGCUGGACGGACCAUGGAAGACUCACGAUCCCGAGGAAAGUGGUUGCGAUAUCCUGGUAGAUAUUCCAGGUUUCUCCGAUGACGAUAAUCUGCAGAACAGCUCCAACAUUACCGAGCGUUCCAUGUUAAGCAACUCAACGUACUCAACCGAUACGCUGGACAGCAGCAGGCCACCAUCGCUAUAUCUUCCACCUCCGCCACCACCGCUGGCCCCACCGGCACUGCCGCCACCGCACGUUCAGCAACCGAUCCCAAAAAAGUGCGAUUCUAACUCCAACAUCAUGAACUUUGAAGUCAAGAUGGAGCAGGAAUUGAAGUACAAGGAUUGCGCCGUAGUUCUUAACGACAUCCACGAUCAAAACGAACCUAGAUGUACCGUCGGCAACAACAACAUCAUCACUAACAACAACAACAACAAUAACAACAACAAUGGAUCUUCCACGUACGUCAACGGACAGCUGCAGGCGGCAUCAACCACAGUGGAGGUCAAGACGGAGCCGGUGGAAGAUUGCAUUCCCCACACUAACGGGUGUCGAUCGUUCGAGGAAAGCGAUGAAGAGGAUAACGACGACAACGACCAGGGCCAGGAUCAGGAUGACGACGACGACGACGACGACGGGGAGUUUGUGUUUGAGUACGAGGAAGCCGAACGGCCCCUGCCUCCGUUGUAUCUGCUGAAGGACGAGGCCGCCGGGGAAAAGUGGGUCCUGAUGUCGGAUUUGUGCAACUUUUUGAAGCUCAAGUCCAAGGAAGCCGUUUUGAGACAGAUCUGCUCCAGCACAACCCCAAUAGCUUCCAGUAACCAAACCAACAACAACACAACGACCACCACCACCACCACGAGCGCCACCACCAAUGUAACCAACGGAACCAACGGUACCAACCGGGAAAUGAUCCGGGAGCUCAAGCUCGACGACUUCCUAUCGCAGUCCAGCUGCCUGCAGUUACUGUACGCCGGCGAGAAGCUCAACAUCAACUCCAACAAGGUCGUGCUGGUCAAGUACAACGAUAACGUCCGCAAUCUGCUCCAGGUCCAAACGGUGGUCACCAAAAUCUAGAAAUUCGGGCAGAAACCAGACGGCAGAAGAAGUAUGACUGAUAUUUAGAGAACGAUGGGGGAUGGGGGAGGGGUUAGAAAGGAACCGUAAUAAACGAACAAGAGAAUAUGCCUUAAAAUACGUAGGGGGACGGUGAGGAGAGAAAGAAGUGAUUUUUUUUUUCGAGUAGAGAAUCUGGAAACCGGAAAGACUUACAUUGAAACAAAAAUUGGCAAACGGCUAGAUCAAAGAAUCAGUUUGAAGAAAACGGAACAAAACUUGCUCAGGUUACACGAUAGGGACAGGAGGGAAAUGUUGUUUUUUUUCUAUUGUUUACCAGUGCUUUUUACGAACAAAUUUUCGAUUGGCAGCUUGACCGCCGCCGCCGUCGUCCAUUAGUAAGCCCUGAUUUCGAUUGUUCGAUUACGAAGGAACAGCAAAAAAACAAACUAAUAGAAACCCAAACUGGAGACUGAGUAGAAGUAAAAACACACUCAAGCAAAACCAGAAACAAUAGAAGACUAACAGGAAACAACAACACUUACCAAACCCGGAAAGACGGAACUCGCAAACCCGUGUGCCUUCCGUAUACGUGUGUGGCAACUUUUUGUUUGUUUGUUUGUUUCGUCGACUGUCCGUCUGUCGCCUAGCAACAUUCGAGCAAAACAUCACACUCACACAAUCGUACUUUAAUAUUUUUUGUUUCGUUGCUUGUUGACAGCAGCAUUUGUUUGUUUUUAUUUUAUGUGUUUUCAUCCCAAACAUAUGAGAUUCGACAGUAAUUUUAUGCUACAAUAUUGUUCAUAAUUUUUGAGGCGAAAACGAUCGUUUUCUGUUCUGUACUUUUAAAUUUUAGUUAGAAAAUCAGUUUCCAUUAACUUGUAAGUGUUAGUUUUGAUGAUUGUGCAUAUGCGGAACUGUUCUGUUUUUUUUUUAGUGUGAAUGUCGGCUUGCAGAAAAAUAUUUAUUUUUAGUUCAAAUUUGCUUGUUUUUAGUUAACCCAUACAUUUUGUUUUAAAUAGUAUUAUUGUAGCAAACAGGUGUAUUUUAUGUUUCAAUGUUAAAUAUAAACCGCACUCUCAAUUGUUUCCCAACACCGCUUAUUUAACUAGAAAAAAAACAACUGAAGUGUAGACUCGACUUUAGGAAUGGUUGGAGCCAAUCCAACCGAAACUGUAACUACUACUAUUAUGCUAUUAUAUUUGUGCACUAAGUGCAGAAACCUAACGGAAUAAGAUUGAAGGAAACUUUAAACAAAUUCUACACACUCUGAUUGUUAUCAGUUUACAAGUUCAUUGGACAUCCGUGCAGCAGCUGUAUAGAAUAAAAUUCGCUAGAGUAGAUAAGUUGUAAACUGUAUUCUUUUUUUUUUUUGGAAAGCUAAUCAGCGGCUCUUCAGCAGCGGGAUGGGAAUCAAAUGCUAGUUUUUAACUCGAUGAAGCAACACAGUGUACUCAAAAAUCAAAACGGAGAAAGCAGCGAGCGGGGAAUGAUGGUUUCAUAGAGUGAAGCAGCAUAAAAUCUGUAGCAGAUAGGAAAAUGGUGAGGGGGUUAAGUAACAUUUAGGAACCAACGUACGGCUGGAGAAACAGAGCGAGAGUGAUUCUCACUUACGGAAAGUUUUGUGCAAUCGGCUUAAAAUGAAAUUUGAUUCUUACGAUUAUGAAAUAAAUUUUUGAUUAUUAUUUUGUAUUGAUAUAAUUUAGUAAAAAUCAAAGUAUGUCGAUAUGUAGCGGAGAAGAGAGAAGAAAAAAAGAAACAAACAAACCAAUUAUGGGCUAACAUAGGGCAAAAAGGUGAAUAUACUGCAUACAUUGUAUAAAUGAUUUAAGUAAGAUUUAGGAAAAAAGAAAAACAAGGAAAUGUGAUUUUCGCUAAAUAUACAACACUUAUAUUGAAAGGAAAUAAAAAAAAAACAAUAUGACUAUGUGAGACAAGCAGACGUAAGAAAACAGAAAAAGUAUAUUGCUAUGCAGAGUAGAAUAAAACUCAAAAUUAAUGAUGAAUAUAA